UCGAGAGUGGCUCCACUGCAUGUUGCCGCAGAGAACGGCCGUCUGUGCGUAGUGAAGGCGUUAGUUUCCGCUGGUGCAGACGUGAAUGCCGAGGACGACAAAAAUGUCACCCCUUUACUUUCUGCUGUGGCGCAGAAUUCUGAAGACGUGGCCAGAUUUCUCGUAGCAAACGGAGCUGCUGUAAAUGUGAAAAAUUCGUACCGUUAUACGCCGUUGCAUUUCGCAGCCGAAAAGGGAAAUGUUAACGUAACAAAGCUGUUGAUCCAGAACAAGGCCGCGAUGAAUGCAAAGCAUGUGGGAGGCUUCACCCCUUUGCAUUUGUCCAUACAAAACAGACAAACCGCAGUAAGUCGGAUUCUGAUAAACAGUGGAGCAGAUGUGAAUGUGAGAGAUAUUGAGAGAUGGACCCCUCUACAUAACGCAGCAUACAGCUUAUACCCAGCUGAAACCGCUAGGCUGUUGAUUGCGGAAGGUGCUAACACGAAUGCGAGGGACAAAGCUGGAAGAACACCCUUGCACCUUGCUGCAGAGAAUAAUUUCACCGAUGUAGUUAACAUCUUGAUCAGAAACAGAGCAGGCGUUAAUGUCACUGACUUACGAAUGUGGACACCACUGCAUAGCGCAGCUUACGUGGGUAGUGUGGACGUCAUAAAGAUUCUUACCGCCAGGGGUGCUCAAGUAGAUGCGAGGACACGCAAACGGGCUACACCCCUGCAUUUCGCAGCAGAUUACUGGCGUGUCGAAGUAGUUAAAUAUCUUUUGGCAAAAGGAUCCGAAGUUAAUGCAGCUGAUCGCAAAAACUGGACGCCACUUCACUUUGCAGCAGAUGAGGGUUCCAACGACGUCCCUUUUACGUUGUCAGGACACUCGUGUGCUCGUGCGCAGGAUUCCAAACUGAAUACCGUGAAAGUUCUCAUUGAAAGCGGAGCAGAUGUAAAUGCAAAGGGUAGCAGAGGUGAAACCGCACUGCACCUAACUGUGAAGUAUGGCGAUCCAGUAGUAGCUAGAUGCUUAUUAGAGAAUGGUGCAUAUUAUGAUGUGACAACCAAAUACUACUUUCGUAUCAUGACUGUUUCGCAGAUUGCCGCGAUAAAAGGGAACAAGGAUGUAAAUGCUUUAUUGCUUGCUAUCGAAAACCUGUUCGAAGCUGUGAGAAAAGCCAAGUGUGCUGAAGUUGAAAGAUGUAUUCAGGAAGGAGCACCGGUCAACAGCAGAAGCGUCAAGUAUGAUACACCACUUACGUAUGCGUCUUGGAAAGGACACUUAGGCGUUGUUAAUGUUUUGCUUAAAAAUGGGGCGGCUAUUAAUUUGAGCAACAGCAAUGGUAAUACUCCUCUACAUUAUGCAGCAAAAUUUGGGCAUCACGAAAUAUUAUGCGUCUUAUUGCAACAUGGUGCAGUGUACAAUGCAAGCACCAAAACUGGCAAAAAAACGCCGUUACGUUUCGCCCAAAAAAGUGGAAGAAAAGAAGUUCAAGAGACUCUAAAACUGAUUGAACGUAUGUUUACUAGAAUCAGGAGAAAGGACAAGAAAGUGCUAAAAGAGCUGAGUGAAUUGAAUAACAUAAAAUGUGCAGAAUAUCAUGCCAUAAAAAAUUGCAAAAAUGUAAAUAAAGAAACUCUGACACAUAUAGCUUCAGAAAAUCGAUUUUACGCUGUAUGUAAAUUGUUUUCUGAUUUGUAGUAGAGUACUUGGUUAUUGCUCAGUGAAUGGUUUGACAAAAGUAGAUAAAAUUCAUGUAACAUUAUAAUAAUUUUGUGAACUUUUUUUACAGUGACAAAAGAUAUUUUAGUGUUAUCAGCAGCAAAGUACUCAUCAUAACUUUUUCACUGAAGAUAAAAUUGUAUCACAGUGUAAUUACAAUCUACGUGUAUUUGAGUUGUUUAAAUGUUAUCUUUUACUUAAUUCUAGUGAUGAGUCACUGAAAACCAAUGUUAUUGAGUUUUGCAUAAAUAGUAACCCCUAACGUAAAGCAUUUCAGAAGUUCAAAAGUCUAUACUUGUGUGUAAAUGUUCUUAAUGGUUUCUCAGGGGAACUGAUAAAACCCUGUCUCUUACUUCUGUAAUUUUUAUGUUCAUUCUCAACUUAAUGUUAAAAGAAUGUGAAAAUACUCUGUAAGCUAGCUAUUUCUUUGAAUGCUCACAAGCCUUGUGAUUUUCUGAACAAUGCAAGAGUUAUUCCAAAGCAAGAGUUAUUCCCUCCAUUAACUGUGGUAAAUGUGUUCAUAAUGUUGACAUUUCAAAUUUUAUAAAGUUUCAUGCUUAAUAUCUAUUUGAAAAUAAUAAAAAUACAUUCUGUGUAUUCAAAUAAGAGUAUGAGGUGCUGCACAGUCAUUGACAUUUAUAAGCCAUAUUUAUCUUAUUAUUCUCAUUUUUGUAAUAAUUGAAUAAAGUCUUUCAAGAAUUGCUGUAA